GCCAGCAUCACACAUUAGUUGCAUAUUCUCUCGAAAGUCAGCACAUAACGAACCUUUUCUAUCUCGAAACAUACACGUGCGUUUCAUUCACUCAGGAGCGCGUACUAUGUUUUGUUAUUUGCAUAUAUUUAGAUUAGAUUAAUGCAUUCGAUAACGUUCUUUUGUAAUUUUCUUGAUAAAAGAGUUAGACUGAGAUGUAGGAAGAUGUGGCUUUAAUAUUUUGUAUUCGAGAUACCAUGAGUGUGUUCUUUUACUUCUUGGUAGGUGGUUUUCGGUUUUGUGCGUUCAUGUGAUAAAAUACCGGUGAACUAUGCGUAACGGAUUCGGGAUUGUUUUUGUACUUCUGUUUGUUUUCGACUUCAGUCCUGCAAAUUCAAAGAAAAGACAUCAAAGGAUAUCCAAUAGCACUAUCGUCACCCACCUACAGGAAGAAACUUCAACAAUGAAAGACUUACUGCCAGAAACAGAUUAUAUCGAAAAUAAUCUAGAUGGUAACAAUAAAACUAGUUUAGAUGAUCAAUACACAAUAUGGUCCAAAUGGAGUCGAUGUAUCGACUGCUUACAAAGAAGAAUAAAAACGUGUAUUAGUCCAAGCUGCCAUAAUUCGAGAAUGUAUGAAGAAAGAGAAUGCCAUAAGAAACGAUGCAGAAGAAAAAAAAAGAAAAAGAUCUCAUUUCAUGUGGUGCAUUUAAAUACGAGCAGAAGUUACUUAAUAAAACAAGCUCCGUCCGACGUGUGGAGUAGAUGGUCGAAGUGGUCGGAAUGUUCACCAGAUUGUCGCACAAUCCGACUAAGAAGGUGCAAAAAACCAGGUAGAUGCAAGAAGCAAAUUCAGACCGAAUCGGCUUAUUGUUACCAUGAAAGAACCAGCUGUGAGGUGUGGGUACUUAAUUUGUUAGAAGCCAAACAAAGAUACAAUUCUGAGGAGAAAACGAGAUACCAAUACACUUACCACAACAAUCAGUAUAUUACCAGAGAGUCAAGAAUGAAAACUGACAAGUGUGGUGUGACUUUUAGUAAACCGCAAAUGUUAAGGAUAAUUGGGGGUGCUGAGGCUCAGCGAUACAAAUGGCCAUGGCAUGUGGCUAUUUUGAAUCAGUUUAAGGAAGUAUUUUGUGGUGGAACUCUAAUAGCUUCACGAUGGGUACUGACUGCCAGUCACUGUAUCAGAAAACAACUAAGGGUACGCCUAAAUGCUUACGAUCUCCGUUCCAAAGAUGGAAGUGAUAUAGAAAUGGCUGUUUACAAAAUGUUUGCACAUCCUAGAUUUGAGAUAAAAACAGUAGAUAAUGAUAUAGCAUUGUUAUUGUUACCGAGACAAGUACGCACCCCAGUAGCCUGUUUACCCAAUAAAAAACCAAAAUCGGGUCACUUGUGUUCAGUGAUGGGAUGGGGAAAAGUUCGUACUAGUGAUAUGUAUGGUGUUCCAAUUCUACAUGAAGCAAAACUACCUCUAGUAACCCAUAAGACUUGCAAAAGGGCCUACAAAGAAUUUUUAAUUAGUAGCAACAUGAUGUGCGCUGGAUGGAAAUCUGGUAAAGCUGAUACUUGUGCAGGAGAUAGUGGAGGCGGCCUUAUGUGUCCAAAUAAGAAUAGUAAAAAGCUGGUGUAUAGUGUUCAAGGUAUCACUAGUUUUGGCGACGGAUGUGGAGGCAGGAACAAGUUUGGCAUUUACACAGCAGUAUUUAACUAUAAUAAUUGGAUACGCUUCAUUAUAGACCACUAUUCUUAGAAUAUCCUCAUCACAUUAUUUGAAAAUUAUAUACCUAUAUCUGUGGUAGAUCGCAAAUAUUGUUGCACAAAAUUAAUUACAUACAAUAAUUUAUUAGUAGAUGUGAUUGUGAUUGAGUCAUCAGAACGGAUUUGAUAAUGUGUGCCCUAUUUAUAAUUUCAAUCAAAACAUGGAUACAGGAAAUUCCGUGGCUCCUAAAGCAUUUACAGAAAAUAAAAGUUUUUCUGGAAAUAAAUAUUGGCCGUAUCCCCACUAUUUAUUCUUUUAUUUUUAAAAUAGAUAUAAAAUAAUUUUUCAUAUAUUAUGUAAAACUGUGAUAUAUUAACAUUUACGCGUCUUUGUCUGAUAGCUAUAAUAAGACAUGUGUUAUUUGAUAAAUCAAAAGCCAUUAUUCAGAGUACAUAUCUCAAAAAUAGGUGUAGACUAGCGUAAAAUUUAAAAAGUAAAUAUGGUCUAACUUACAUCUUAAGUUGCCUUGAUUUCCCUACAAAGAUUUUCUUUAUUUCUAAAUGGAUUUUUCUACCUUUACCCUUAACAACAAAUGAAAAAGAUGGCUAUGAUUUUUAAACAUAUGUGUUAGUAAUAGGUCUGUUUCCGCAGAAAUCACAAACCAGUCAGAGUUAAUUUCAUUGGUUGAAACCUUCGACCGUUGAACACUCUCGCAGUUUAAAGCUCGAUGGUUGAAACUAGUUUUCUGACAGAUCUAUUAUUUUCCUUUAAUUAUUGAAGAAUAUCCUUUGUAUUUAAAGUAGGUAAAAGGUAACGAUUAUGAAUAACCAAAUACUUUUUGUAAAGGAUAGAAUAUGCUCAUACUCUAUAGGUAUAAGGUUUUACUCGGAAUAUUAUGAAUGCGAGCUGAAGGAUUUCCUUUAUAUUCUGCAAGUAUAAGCAUAACCUUUUUUUUUAUGAAUACGGCGCCCAUUGAAGUGACUCUUAUACCUUGUCAAAAUGAUCACAAAAAUUACUGUUAUAUGUUUGAAAAUAAAAUAUUAUUUCGAUUUUUUUCUACACCUAUUUUUAAGAAAUUUGUAUUUCGGGCACUUUUUAGUUUUAACUGCCUAUGGAUAAUUAUGUAUUUGUAUAUAUUAUUGAUUGAAAUAUUUUAUUUAUAUUUUGUACUGCCUCACUGUUGCAUGCUUGUGAAUGACUAAUCGCAGCAAUAUCUUAUUAUUGAAUUGAAUUAUUUGAAAACUUGCUUCUGAAAAAGAAAUUUUAAAUUAAUAAUAUGGCUUAGCAUUCAAUUAUUAGAAACAUGCACGCACAUGACCUAUAUUGUCUCAUUUACAAUAAAUAAAUAAAAAAAGAAAAAUAUCAUAA